UUCCACAGUGUACACAGGUGCGCAACCCUAACGUCAUAGUCCCACCUAUGGACAUUCAUACAAGCAAAGUCACGAGCUUCACAAUUUGAAGGGAAAGGAAAGUGAAAGUAAACAUGUUUUUGUGGCUCAGCGCCCAGUUUCGUUUCUAAGGUGGUAGUCAGUCGCUCUGCGAGAGCUCACAGGCAGAACACGGCUCAGAUACGAGGACAGCAGACGACGGAAGGAUGACGAUGUCGGGAGGUCUUGCGCUUUGCUGUGCUGCUCUGCUUCUUUCCAUCACCUCCGCCGCCUGUGCCAUUCCGAGGCUCAACUCCAUCAAUGAUUUAAAGAAGGUCAACUUUGGCCAAGCGGUGCCCAAACACAGCCUGGUGCUGCUCCACUGGUUUGCCAACAUCAUUGAUAUUGACAACAACGAUGUCAUACGGCUGAAUUUCGACCCAAACCUCGGAACGUACGGUUCGCACCACUACGGAAACUACGAGAGGAUGUUGAACCCGCUGCCUCCGGGAUACCGCUACUACACCCUCGGUAAUGUCAACCAAGGCCAAUCGGAUCUUCCCGAUUAUGUCCUCAACCCACCAGACGGGGCGUUUCGAGGAAGAAACAGAGACCGAAUCAUAUUCCGAAUGCGGGAGCACGACACGGGCUGGCAAAACGACGAGACAGCCGAUGAAGUCUAUAUCACACAGCAUUAUGAAAAUUCUUAUGAGGGGACGCGUUAUGAUCCCGCCCACACGUACCAGAUCACAAUCAACCUCUUGAGGGAAAUCAGACAGUUUUCGGCGGAAGACAACCAAAGCAACUCGUUGACGGAGCUCCGGGAAGCCUUUGGAAGCAACAUCGACGAUUCGCAGUUGCGCUCGCUCAAAAUCACGUGGCGUGAACUCGCUUGCCUCGGACUGCUGUUGUACAUGGUCCUGGAGGAAAAAUACCAACGGCACAACAAACCGCCGCCCGCGGCCAAAAGAAACGUGCAGCCUCAUUGCGUCGUCGAUAUUCCGGAAAACAGAGAAAACCACCGCGACGUUCUAAAAAGCUGGCGACAAUCACACGGUGGAGGCGGUAUUCAACUUGAAGUGACGACAGAAUCCAAGGGAAAAGCUGGGAUUCUUUGGCGCGGUGUUCCCAAACACCGCCUCAAGGAAGGCGCGAUGGUGGUGCUGUAUAAGGACAAUAACGCCCAGGAAGCCAUGUAUUCUCAUGUGAUCACUAGCGAUUCGGGCCAGGUCAACACCUCCGUAGCCCUGAAUGUCGGCCUCCAGGCGCGGCUCCAUAAGACAAAGAGAAAGUUCUGUUUCUGGACGGUACCGGCUGAGGAGAUAUGCAGAGGAGAGGAGAUUCGAAAUCCGGAAAAAGUCCGGAUACACGGCUACGACGCGAGCCUACAACUAUUCGUGAAGGACGGCAAGGCUUGCGCUCGCUUGUUUGUCAACAGGGCGUUCGAAAAUUGGAAAACGGAGUUCAAAACGUCCUGGGUGGGCUUCUACGCCAAUUCAAACAAAUCCACUGAAGAAUAUGAUUGGUGGCAGUGGCAGUGGGCCACCAAAUUCAAACCGGCGUCCAUUCCUCAUGACCACUACCACGAUGUUUACGAGUACCACUCGAGUAUGCCGAUUGCCCCGGAAGUCCAAGCGCGAUUCAUUCUCAGGGAUGAGAUUGUGUUGGCUCAGACACCAAGCUGGAGCUGAACAUCGAUUCCAAAAUAUGUUUCUCUGCUCCAGCAAAAUUGCACUGUCACAAUACGAUCUUAGCACUUGACUGUAAGCGCCCGGACGUCGGUUGAUCCGUAUCAAUAAGUAGCUUGGGGAAAUUGCUGUAAACACAAUCUACUGUACCAGACUGAAUUGAUUACUUUGCUCGGGGACCCUCGCACUGACAGCUGAAGACGGAGAGAAAAAUAUCGUGGAGACAAUCUUGUUUUACUGUCCCCACUAGCACACCCCGAAUAGCUUUGGCGUGUGACACCGUGAAGCAGAUCCAUCACUCUUUCCGAUUGUACUUUUCUUGCGGGUGGCCCCACACUCAUUUAGUACAUUUGUAUAGAUGUCUUUGUAAAAUGAAAAGAAUAAACAUUUUCAAAUUGA